GCCGAUAACCUGGUUCCUAUGGAACUUGCGUUGAAAAUUGCCAGCAAAAUCAGCGCAAACGAACGUUUCUCUGUCUAUAUAGUAAUUCCAAUGUAUCCAGAGGGUGUCCCCACUAGCUCCGCUACGCAAGAAAUUCUUUUUUGGCAGGGGCAGACAAUGGCUAUGAUGUACAAAAUCAUUGCAGAGGCUCUUGAAAAGGAAGGUCUAUCUGAUAAGUAUCACCCACAGGAUUAUUUGAACUUCUAUUGCCUUGGAAAGCGUGAAGCUUCAUCUCCGGAAAAUCCACAAACUAAUCAGCCUCCUGAAAACAGUGCAUUGAGAUUAGCUGAAAAGUACCGGAGAUUUAUGAUCUAUGUCCAUGCCAAAGGGAUGAUAGUUGACGAUGAGUAUGUGAUAAUAGGAUCUGCAAACAUAAAUCAGAGGUCUUUAGAUGGUUCAAGGGAUACAGAAAUUGCUAUGGGUGCUUAUCAACCAAAUUACACAUGGGCAGGAAAGAAGAGGCAUCCACGUGGACAGGUGUACGGGUAUCGGAUGUCUCUUUGGGCUGAACACCUUGGCAUCCUUGAAGAUUCUUUCCACGAACCAGAAACUCUCAAAUGCGUUAAACACGUCAAUGAGAUUGCCAAGAAAAACUGGAAGGCGUACGUGGAAGAGGAGAACACGGAAAUGACAGGACAUUUGAUGCGAUAUCCAGUCCAGGUAAGUAUACAUGGAAAAAUCAGUGCAUUGCCGGGUUAUGAAUGCUUUCCUGAUGUUGGAGGUAAGAUUCUUGGAGCGCCCACCAAUCUUCCCGAUGCCCUAACAACCUAAUGUUUUCAUCAGAGAACACAGUUGGAGGGUAAAAUUUAAAUGAAGCACAAGUAUGAUCAAGUCAUGUAUAUUGUGUCGAAAUGGAACUGUCAAAUUUUUUAUUGGAUAUAGGAACUGAGAAUAGGAGUGCUACCAAGAAUGAUCCAAUUAUGUAUAUUGUGUACAUUUGAUUUGUUGAAUUUAUGCUUUUUACACAGUUGAUAUGAUCAACCAUAUGAAGUUGUCAUGUCAGCAAAUGCUUGAAAAUGUUUAGAUGUAAAUUUCAGCGCGAUAGCGUAACAAAAGAUUCUGUAAUCCCAUUGUUUUGUGAAUCCCCAUGAUUUGCAAAUUGAACAAUAACUCAU